GGAAGCGCGCAAUGACUCUGGAUUCACCCACACAGACAUGGAUCUGAGUGGUAAGGAGGGAAAUCCACACUGCCUGGGCUCCGGCUGCCUGUAGCUGCGAUACUUUACAGACAGUGACAUGCAGGGAACAGAGGGAACAUUAGGAGGUCCUGAUGUCAGAAGGAGGAUCCCCAUCAAACUCCUUCCCAAACAGGCUCGAAAGAGCUUCGCCUAUAAACAGGAGGAGAGGUUUGAGUUUGGGGCGAAGGCAGGAGAUGCAUUUGCAGGCCAGCGGCGGUACCCUCAGCAGUUCUACUGGGAUUAUAAGCUCAAUCUGAUUGGUGAGAGGGAUGAGACCCCUGUGCACUUCUGUGACAAGUGCGGUCUGCCCAUUAAGAGCUAUGGUCGAAUGAUUCCUUGUAAGCAUGUUUUCUGUUAUGAUUGUGCACUGCUUCACGAGAGGAAGGGUGAUAAAAUGUGCCCAGGUUUAACAAUGUACAGCUGCACAGACCCAGUCCAGCGUAUCGAGCAGUGUCAGCGAGGCUCACUCUUUAUGUGCAGCAUCGUUCAGGGCUGCAAGCGCACCUACCUCUCCCAGAGAGACCUGCAGGCGCACGUAAACCACCGCCACAUGAGGCAGAGCAAGUCCUCAUCAGGCCGCUCUGACCCUCUCCACCUUCCGGCUUCAUCUGAGGUGUCGGACCGCUUCCGCGUGCCCCCUCCUCACCUGUCAAAACCUCACGUGCUCAUCCCUCCCCCUCUCUCACACGUGGGUCAUGACACUUACAAUCAGCCACCUCCUGGGCCCCACGACGAUCUCCGAACUCCACCAGGACAGCCUGGUGCCGACAUGGUGUCAUCUCGCGCUCUUGCUCAAGAGACCUUUCGCAUUGCUACACUGACCACCAGGAAGCACAGCAACCUCAUCACUGUCCCCAUUCAGGACGAUUCAACGAGCCCCAUCCCCCGGGAUCAGCUCCCCCAGUCUGCCAAUGCCCCUCCUCCACACCACCACCCAGGAGAUUAUCCAGGACAGCCUGUUGUAUCCCUCCCACACCACAUGAUGGUGCCACCGCAGCAGCGUUACGGUCCUCCACCUCCUCCGCCUCCCAUCACUCAUCCGAUGCAACACCCAUCCCAGGGCUCCAGCUCCCACAUGGUCUUCAACCAAGCCCCGCCUCCACCUUUAUCCUCAGUUCCACCUCCCAUCACCCCACCUCCUGGACACCUCAUGGGUCAACUGCCACCAUACAUGAGUCAUCCUCCACCAGGCCCUCCUCCUCAACAUGGCGGCCCACCAGUUAAUGCCCCACCGCCUCACCAUUACAACACCCAGUUUUCAGAGGACAAAGGCACUCUUAGCCCACCUUUCAACCAGCCAGGUGGGCUGAGUCCAGGGAUGUGGCCUGCCCCGAGAGGACCCCCUCCCCCCAGAAUGCAAGGCCCACCCCAGGGCCAAAUGCCUGGACCCCAUCAUCCAGACCAGGGCCGCUACAGGCCGUAUUACCAAUAGAAUGUUUUUGUUUCUCUGAACAGUGAUCUCAAACACAAUUCUGUGGUAAGGUUUCAUAAGGCCUGUUGUACAGUUCAGUAUAGAUUUGGACUGCAUAUAAAAAGUUAUGUAAUUAAUGUCAGAUAUUAUAGUAUAUACCUUUAAUUAUGGACAUUAUUUUGGUUAAAAGAAACAAAACAGUUGAAUUUGGUAAUAUUUUAAAAUUAUGUUGAAUGUGUUCUUUCUUGAAUGUAUUAAGAAUUAAAUGCACAGUAUGUAAAGGUUUUCACCACUGUUUUAUCAUUAUUGCUUUAUCUUUUUUUUCCAGCUUAUCCAAAAUUAUUCUUUUUUUUAUUAUUAAAGCUCUUAUAAGGUGUUGAAAUGUGCAAUAACAGAUUAGACAGACAGAUUGUUAGUGCACUUACAAGUGUAGUUGGGCAAAGGCUGCAGAUGAAGUGUGUAGCUACAUUCCUUAGAGAUGAAUAAUAUUCGAGCCUGGCUAAUAAAGAAAGCGAACAUUU